AUGAAGUUCCUUGUUGCUCUCGUCCAUGCCAUCGCUGCGUCUCAAUUGUUGUUUGACAACCCCGCACCAAUCAUUCAAGAAGGACGCUACAGCUACCCAUUCAAUUCAGCCAAUCAUUUGGGGCUUCGAUUCCGCGCCCCAUCGUUAGGAGAUUAUGGCAACCAUCCCGGCUUUGCAGUCAUUUCAACUCUGACCCUUGAUUAUUUCAAAUUUUCCGUCGAAACGCCUAAAAAUAUUCCCACCAACGCGUCGAUAUGGUUGCGACCAGAGCUGUGCCCUUCCGUUAACGACUUACCCGCUUGCAACGAGCCCAUUGCCUCUUCGCGCAUCCCCAUCAAUGGCAAUGUCGAUAAAGUCAAUUUCCAGUGGACCCCCAAGUCCCCUAUUAUUCUUACGCCCAACACCAUGUACUGGUUCGUGCUGGGCUCCUCCAGCGAAACCAAGGACAUUGCCCUCGGGUGGUUCCGGGGCGACAAUUCGUUUUCACCCCAGAAUGAUCACAAGGUGGACGUGAGGUUCGUGCGCUACGAAGGCAACACAGUGAAACCAGUGAUCGGCACAAUCGCUCCGUCCCUCCAAGUGUAUGCUAAGUCUACUCUUGUGCUGCAGUGCCACUGCUAG